AGACUACAGAGUUAAAUUUUUCAACUAGUAACAUCAAACGUCUAAUUGGAUUACAAUGGCGGCUAUGUCCCCGUCUGAGCGGAGAUUACAGAAAGAACUUAUGUCCCUGAUGAAGGAACCGCCACCAGGAGUCACCGUAGACGGAGAUCAGGCCAGCCAAAAUCUAACACUGUGGACAGUACACAUGGAAGGCGUUCCCGGCACUCUAUAUGAAGGCGAAAAAUUUGUAUUGCAGUUUAAAUUCACAAACAAGUACCCAUUCGACUCUCCUGAAGUAACGUUCAUAGGCAACAACAUACCGAUACAUCCGCACGUGUACUCCAACGGACACAUCUGCCUGUCGAUACUGACGGACGACUGGUCGCCGGCGCUGUCCGUGCAGUCUGUCUGUUUGUCCAUCGUGUCCAUGCUCAGUAGCUGUAAGGAGAAGAAACGGCCACCGGAUAACUCAUUUUACGUUAAGACCUGCAACAAAAAUCCUAAGAAAACGAAAUGGUGGUAUCACGAUGACUCCGUCUAACAAUAUACCGCGUCGCUGUAUCGAGCAUGGACGAUAAAUCUCAGUAUGUGUUAAGUGUUAUAACUAUACGGUAUGUUAUUGUAAAAUGUUAUGUACAUACGACGCGACACGCGACGACACGGCCGACCGCGCGAGCACCGCGGCGAGCAGCGAGCUGGCGAGCUCGCAACCUAGCGAGUGGCGACGCUAAAUUACCGAGUAACACGAAGCUGGGACAUAUUGAACGUUUGGGUAAAUACAUACAUAGUACAAUUUACUAUCAGCUCCACUGUACAACUAGCUGGCUAACGACCAUGUGUAUAAUAUGUUUGUGUCCAUUAAUUAUACUCGUCCGACCCCUCGGACCACGGCGCCACCUGAUUAUAUUGUAAACCAAUGAGUACAUUGUGUCGGCUAAUGUUUGUAACACUCGUUGUAAUUAUACUCAGUUUACCCAGACUGUUCAAUGACGCAGGCGUAACACCAGCGACAGCUCCCUGCAUUGGAAGUGUACACAUAGUUCGUUGUCCAAAUCACGUAAUAAUGGUGUACGGUAUCAAAUCUUAUGAAUAAUAUGAACUGUGAACGAGUGGGGAGAGUGAGGAGUGCACGCGCACGCGCACUGGACGCGGCGAGCGGGUCUAUGUCUCACCAGCAGAUAGUUUGUCAGUGCUAAAUUAACGAUAUACUGUAAGUAGAGUAAUAGGGUAUCAAAUGAUUAUGUACCGCAUACCGGAGUCUUGUUCACGCGUCACUCAUCCUUUGUUUACUUGUAUAUAAAUUUGAAUUUUUACUAUUAUUGUGAUUCACGAAGCUGACUGCAGGUAACUCAGUACUCACGCUAUGUCACUCUAUGGUAUUGGUUCACAGCUGGCUCCGACGAUAUCUACGUAUCAUGAGGCUUCACGAGCAUUUACUUUGAAAUGUGACUACAAUCGAUUUAUUGAACGCAUCAAAACACCAUUUAGCUUGUUAACUUACAUUUCUGCAAAUGCUUCGAGAAUUUUAGUCAAAAACAUCUGUUCAUAUUAUGUAGUUGACUAUUUAGCCAGUCAUAUAAUUUUCAUAGGAUAUUUUGUGAGCAUAAUGGAAUGCAAUAAACUUCAAUAAUUUAUGUUUUUAUAUUUGUAGAUAAAUAUUCUAUGUGAUGAUGAAUGUAAUUUUGUAUGAAAUUUUAUUUACGUAUGUCAAUGUCAAUAAAGGAUUCGUUGAAUCAUAGACUAAAAUAUACAUAUGCAAGGUAGUUAUAUUCUUUGUCAAUCUGUUGAGUGAGGUGCUUCUAAAUGGGCCAUAUUUUUGUGCAACUUGCUGGCAACAUUGCAAUAUUCUGGCCAUCCAAAUAUAUUUGGUAUGACCACGUGUGGCCGGUAUGGUUGCGUAAAUAGUUAGUUGCAGUGGGAUAUUGCGCGUUUAGAAGCAGCUUUACAUCGUCCUAGUGGAGGCUGGGCACCGCGUCCUACUAGUCUACUACAAAGUAUUGUCAAGUGUUUCACUGCACGGUUACAAACUAUACGGUUUCUGUAAAUUGAUAUCGCGAUAUAUUUCACUAUAUUUUGCCGGUGCUAUUGAGAUCUCGAUGGGUUCACAAAAUUAACUUUCAUUUAUUGAAGAUGGCAACAUUUCGCAUUAGGUUAGCAACACAUUCCUGUAUUAUUAGAUGAAAAAUUGCUGGGUCAUGUCUACCUUAUGAUUUACGGAAAUGCAUUAUAAUUGUGUAUUAUGAAACAACCCGCUUAAUUUAUUGAAAUAAAAAUAUAGUUAAACAUG